UGCCUCGGCUUGUUUCUUUUCCGUUUAUUGUUUUCAAAUUGUUGUUGUUGUGAGUAAAUGUGUUUCUUGAUCAUCUUUUAGUUACAAUUGGUUUUUGUUUAAAUUUAAUUUGAUACAAAUUGACAUUUUUUCUUGCUACUAACUCUUCUUUCUGCAUUUGAGAUCAAUUUGCCACCAGUUGAAUCAUGACGCAGCAGCAAUUUAUGCUCAAGUGGAAUAACCAUUUAUCCAAUCUCAGCGACGUAUUUUCGAAUAUGUUAAUCUCCGAAAAUCUGGUAGAUGUUACUAUUGCAUGUGAAGGCGCAUCUUUGAAAGCACAUAAAAUGAUUUUAUCUGCUUGUAGUCCAUUCUUUCAAAGCCUGUUCAUGACAAAUCCAUGUAAACAUCCUAUUGUAAUUUGUAAAGAUAUUCGAUUCAUUGAUCUAAAAGCCAUCAUUGACUUCAUGUACACUGGGGAAGUUAAUGUUGGACAAGAACAAUUGCCGUCACUUUUAAAAGCAGCUGAAACCUUAAAGGUUAAAGGUUUAGCUGAAGUCACCGAGAAACAGGCUCGAAGUCAAUCUGCAUUCUCGGGAUCUCCACUUUAUUCAAAACCUAAACGAAGGCGAGCUCGUGGGGAGUCUAGUAAAACAAAAGAUAGUUCAUGUCAGACAAGUGAAUCAGAAGAUGAUUCAGGAGUAAAGAGAUUCCAUGCUUCUCGUCUUGGGACACAACGAGAAAAAGAGCGGCAAUUGCUCAAUCAACAAAAACAACUACAACAGGCAGAAGCUUUGGCUAACCAACAACAACAGCAACAGCAGCAACAGCAGCAGCAACAAGAACAAGAGCCAGAACAAGAUGAAGAUGAGCGAGAAAAAAUUGAUGAUAGAAAUGCAAUUCAUCAAGAACAAUUAACAAGCGAUGCUAUUCAUUGUGAAGCAUCUAGAAUUUUAGAGCAGUCCAUCGCUACUGCUUCGGUGGUAAUAGAUAAUGGUGCGGAUAACUUAAUUGUUGCCUCAGAUGUCCAUGAUGUCGCUGAAGCUGCACUCAAGCAAGUAACUUUAUUUGAAGAAGACAUUCAUCAAAUAAGUCAAGAGGAUUCUGGUCAAUUUACUCUGUCGACACCGCAAACGAGCUCUGCAACUCCGUCUUCUAACAUAUCUCAUCAAGGUCGACGGUUAAUGAUGAGUGACAGUCAUAAAAGUGUUCUAAAGGAUUAUUUGGGUAAACCUAUUUCUGCAUUUGACGUAAUUAUCGAUGAUUGGAAGAAAAGUAUUGUUUGGCAAUAUUUCGGUGGACUUGUUUACAAGAAUCCUGAGACUGGAAGUGUUUCUGUUGUUGAUAGCGAACGGCACUAUUGCUUGAAAUGUAUCAUCGAAUGCCAAGAGAAAAAUCCAGAUGAAAUUUUUGAAAGGUGUAAUAUUUGCUUCUUAUCUACUGGAACGGCCACGGGAAAUCACAAGAAUCAUCUUAGACAUCGCCAUCAAGUAUCUGACGAACCUAUUACAACAACACCCUCCACUUCGAAAUCAUCAUCAUCUAAACAACCGGCAAACAAAAUGUCAAGAAAACGUGCGACCAAAGUUAUCUCAAUAUCGCUAGAUAGUUUUACUUGAUUGAGUCACGGAAAGAAAAUAUUGAACGUUAAUCUAGUUGUUCAUUCAAAGAUCUCUUCUGUUUAAAUUUUGACAGGGUAAAUCAAAUCAGUAAAUUAACAGAAAAAUCAUCUUGUUACACAAAUAAUGCGCUUUAAGGCAACAUUAAUACAGUCAAGUCUCUCAAAAAGUACAAAACUCAAUAGAUUAGCAAAUGAAAGAUAGAUAAAAGAUAAAUAGAAUCAACAAAUGCUUCAAAGAACUACAAAAUCUUGAAUGAUUCAACAACUUGCCAUAUGAAUUGUAAAAUAUUGAAUGAUUAGUGUAUGCAUGCUUCUUGCUUGCACUAAACAAAUAAUUUGUUUUUACCUUUGAGAGUUUCCAUCUUUGACUGUAUUUUCAUUAUAAUUAUCCCAUUUUUUUGCUAAAAAUGGUCAAUAUUACUCUUAUCAACUCUUGGGCUAUACAGACCAAUUUGAUUUAAUGCUUCAUUCCCUAGCAAGAUUAUCACCAAUUAAUCAUCCCGUUGUUGACACCUUAUCAUAUCGUCUACAUUUUCAUCCCUUUCUUUUCAUUAUAAGUAUUGCUUUGAACCCUCCAAAUGAAUAUAAAUUGAAAAAGUUAAAUUGAAAGAUGAAAACUAAUUUUUGUCAUGUGCUUGAAUAGAUUGUAACAGAUCAACAUUAUAAGUGUAUAUCUUGGAAAGCUAUCUUUUCUAGAGACUUCAACAUUGAUUCAUUUCGAUUCCAUUUGAUCCAGUUGUAUUGUAAUUUUUUAACUAUCAAAGUGUAUCACAAAUUGAAAAUUAAAAUUAAAACUCGCAAACAACAAUGUUGCCAUAACCAGACAAUAUCUUAAUUAGACCAUAAAACUUGAUUAAAAUCGAUUUUGCUGCAAA